CUGAUCCUCUUUGAGAUUUAAAAGAGGAUUUACGUUUGCAUUGAUAGGUGUUUUGGAGGAAAAUUGCAGAUAUGUAGUGCUCUUUGCUGUUUCUUAGCUAAAAUUCGGAUAUAAAGUUGAGGUCUUUUGACUUAGAUGUGGUUUGAUUAGACAUUUGGAAGAAUAUUGGUGAUUUUGAGAGUGAAUUUUCAGUUAUUGUUUGAUUUUGGAGGGGUGGGACUGAAUUGGCCGUGAUGUCGAUUAAGAGUAUUAUCCAGGAUAUGAAGGGGGAGAUUGGGAACAUAUCUAGAAAAGGAUUUGACAUGAGGUUUGGAUAUGGGAUGAGAUCAAGGUCACACCGGGUAGUCCAGGAUAACUCAGUGCCAGUUGAUGCUUUCCAGCAGAGUUGCUGGGCUAACAUGCCACCGGAGCUUUUGAGGGAUGUGUUGAUGAGAAUAGAGGCAUCAGAGAGCACUUGGCCUCCCCGCAAGAAUGUGGUUGCCUGUGCUGGUGUUUGUAGGAAUUGGAGAGAAAUUUUGAAGGAAAUUGUUACAGUCCCAGAGAUUUCUGGCAAGCUGACAUUCCCAAUCUCGUUGAAGCAGCCUGGCCCAAGGGACUCUCUCAUUCAGUGUUACAUAAAACGAAGCCGUAGCAACCAAACUUAUUAUCUAUACCUUGGCUUGAACCAAACUUCAAAUGAUGAUGGAAAGUUCCUUCUUGUGGCAAGGAAGUGUCGACGCCCCACUUGGACAGACUAUAUCAUCUCAUUAAAUUGUGAUGAUGUGUCAAAAGGAAGCAGUACUUACAUUGGAAAAUUAAGAUCAAACUUUUUGGGGACCAAGUUCACAAUUUAUGAUGCACAGCCUCCAAGUACUGGAGCAAAAGUUACUAAAAGCCGAUCCACUAGGCUGGUUAAUAUGAAACAAGUCUCCCCAAGAGUUCCAUCAGGCAAUUACCCUGUUGCACACAUUUCAUAUGAGUUGAAUGUCCUCGGUUCUAGAGGCCCAAGGAGAAUGCAAUGCAUCAUGGAUGCUAUCCCAGCCUCUGCUAUUGAGCCAGGAGGAGUGGCUCCCACUCAGACUGAAUUUGUGCAUGGCAAUCUGGACAGUUUCCCAUCCAUUUCAUUCUUUAGAUCAAAAUCAACUCGAGCAGAUACUUUCCAGUCUGGUCCUUUAUCAGAACAAAAAGAAGCAAUGCUGAUCUUGAGGAAUAAGUCCCCAAGGUGGCAUGAAGAACUCCAAUGCUGGUGUCUGAACUUCAAUGGACGGGUAACCAUUGCUUCAGUAAAGAACUUUCAGCUUGUUGCGUCUCCAGAGAAUGGAGUUGCCGGGCAUGAGCCUGAGAAUGUUAUUCUCCAGUUUGGAAAGGUGGGGAAGGAUUUAUUCACCAUGGACUAUCAGUAUCCAAUCUCAGCUUUCCAGGCUUUUGCCAUAUGCCUUAGCAGCUUUGACACUAAGAUUGCUUGCGAGUAAAUCUAAUAGAGGUCCAAAUCUAGUCAUAUGACACUUGGACUCAUUGAUGAAAUUCAUAAGAACCACAACUGCCUGCUAGUUCUUAUAUUUUCAGUUUACUUUUAGCAAUACUGCAUUCCCCUUUGGAUCUCAAGUAGUUAAAGCUCCUAAAUUUUUACUGAUAGGUUUCUGCCAGAUGCUGGAGAACCGUGUGGAUGCUAUUUACCAUGCUGUUGUGACUCGGAAAGUUCAGCAAUAAGGUUUCGAGGUAGUGGAAUUCCUUUGGUUUUCCACAUGAGCCCGUAUAUAUGCGUAGUAUAACUGUUUGUGUCACGAGCAAAAAAUGCCGUCUGCUUUGGUAACAUACUUUGUUUGAUCAUUGAAGGAGAAACUAAAGUCUAAAUGAAAUACUUUAUUAACUUUAUCGUGUGAGUUUUUGCUUGAGUGGUACUUUAUUGCAUCACUGCAUGCCUGAAGAUCAAAUUAGUGGAAUGUUCAAUUUCUUUGCUUAUGCCUUCUUAGGCCUGUGGCAGCAAGAUCCGAUUUUGCUAAUUGCCA